UCCUCCCCUCCCAAAAAUUUGGGCCUGGGGGGACUGCUACCUUUGCUCCCGGUAUAUUUCAGCAUGGCCAGAGUCGGAAAACUCAUCUCCGCCAUCGAGCUGGACUCCAGCCGGGAUUCGCGGUGGUCCAAUGAAGGUUGGACUCUUGUGUCCGAACACGCGAGCAUCGGUUGACUGUCUGCAGAUCUGCUACCCACUCCCCCCGAGCAGUGCACCUGGCGGUGGUGGAACUAUGUCUCCUUCUACUGGUCCAUCUCCUUCACCAACUGGACUUUGGGAUCGAGCAUGAUUGGAAUUGGCCUUAACUGGUGGCAAUCCAUCAUCGUGAUUUUCGUCUCGCAAAUGAUCUCCUCCAUCGCCAUGGCGUUCAACUCGCGCGCCGCCAGCAUCUACCACAUUGGAUUUCCCUGCGUCGGACGCAGUGUGUUUGGCAUGUGGGGGAGUUUCUACUUUGUCGGGGCACGUGCCAUCCUUGCGAUUGUCUGGUAUGCGGUGCAGUUGUACUACGGCGCCGAAUAUAUGUACAACAUUCUCCGGGCGAUCUUCGGCCACCAUUUCACCGACAUCCCCAACCACCUGCCGGCCAGCGCCCACAUCACCACCCAGCAGAUGCUGGCGCUGUUCCUGUGCUGGCUGGUCCAUCUGCCGUUUUGUCACUUCCGGCCCUACCAGCUGCGCGGCUUCUUCAUCUUCAAGACCUUUAUCUCGUUGCCUGCCAUGUUCGGGCUGUUCAUCUUCGCCAUGGUUAACACCGGCGGGAAGAUCGGCUCCGUGUACACGCAGGACAGCAAGUCGACGACGACGAUGGCCUGGUUGAUCAUUUCGGGCAUCAACAGUGGCUUGGGUAACACUGCCACGCUGAUCACCAACCAACCGGACUACUGUCGCUGGGCGAAGACCAAGAGCGCGCCGCUGUGGACGCAGCUGAUCUCCAACCCCAUCGCGACGACGCUGUCGGCGAGUCUGGGCAUUCUGGCCACCUCCGCCAUCAACAACAAAUACAACACGUCCAUCUGGAACCAAUGGGACCUCAUGGAGUUCAUCCUGGACCGGUACUGGUCCGGCACUACCCGCUUCGCCGUCUUCCUCGCCGCCUUUGCCUGGCUGGUGCAGAUCCUGGGCACCAACGUCGCGGCCAACAUGAUCUCCUUCGGCGCGGACUCGUCGAUGCUUUUCCCGCGGUUCAUCAACAUGCGUCGCGGCCAGUACAUCGUGCACACGCUGGCCUGGGCAGUGUGUCCGUGGGAGAUCCUCGCCUCGGCCACCAAAUUCGAGACCUUCCUGUCCGGCUACGCCUUGUUCAUGGGUAGUGUUGUCGCCAUCAUGGUCUGCGAAUACUUCUGCUUCGCGAAGGGCAACAUCUUCAUCCCCGCCCUCUACGACGGCACCCCCCUCAACAAAAGCUACUACUACCUCAAAGGCUGGAACUUGCAAGCCGUCGUUGCCUACAUCAUCGGCAUCUCCUUCCCCUUCCCCGGCUUUGUCGGCUCGCUGGGCGCCAAGGUCUCGACCACUGCCACCCGCAUGGGCGACCUCGGCUGGAUUCUCUCGUUCGUCACCGCCUUCGUCUGCUAUUUCGCCAUCUGCUGGAUCUGGCCCACCCAGAACCACCGUCGCAUCCGCGAGGAGAAGCUGGGCUGGGAGGCCGCCGUCGAGGACGAGGAGGGCGAGAUGUAUUUGAAUGCGCGUGACGUCACGACCGAGGAGGUGGUCGUCGGCCGCAAGGGCGAGGCGGUGCGGCCCGGCACGGCGGAGGAGAAAGCUGGGACGCUGUGAUGUUGCUGUUGCCGCUUGGUACAGGGGAGCUUAGUGAGUGGUGGGAAUCACAUUUGAGGAGAUGGUGGGCUAUUGGACCCCCGAUUGGUGUCGACCUGGAUACCUCACAUACAUACAUACAUACAUACAUAGGAGUGUGGCGGUACAUAGAUACGUGCUGGCUACUGCUAAAUGCAUACAUAAUUUUCUCCGCUU